AUGACCGCGGAACUGAUCAGAUCGUUCAAGUUCAGGAGAAUUCCCGAUUUAGGUCCUAUUGUCCGGGACAGGUAUUUUGUUUUAGUCACAGACUAUGCAGUUGAAGAGUUGGACCAAGCUCUAGAGGACAUGAUGUCCUCUCUCAAGGUUGUGACUGGACCAAAUGACCCAGAGUUGCGGUUCGAUACUUUACACAAGCCUGACUGGCCGCUUACUGCCCCUACCGACAUGACCGGAAUUUGCAAGAAGGUCUUCUCUUCGCCCAAAUCCACGGAAUCUCUAGCACUUGCGAGGCGGUGGCUUGCUACUUGUCAAAAAGGGCAUCUCGAAUGUUCGAGGACAGGGUCAUCUCAGCUACCGACUCGUGUUAUCGAUCUCCGUCCUUCAACUUCCGACUUGCAGGCACGGUUGUACGUAACAAAUGGCGAAAAUGCUCCGUAUGUCGCACUGAGCUACUGCUGGGGUGGCGACGUACCAUCCAAGACAACAUCUAUGAACAUCGAGCGGUACCGGGACGCCCUCAAUAUCUCUGAGCUUCCCCUGACAUUCAGAGAUGCCAUCUUCCUUACUCGAGGGCUUGGCUUCCGAUACCUGUGGAUCGACGCCCUCUGCAUUAUCCAGGAUGAUUUCAAAGACUGGGAGCAAGAAGCGGCGGUGAUGGGCAAUGUUUACGCGGGUUCAGUGUUCACAAUCUCCGCACUAAGUUCUCAAUCAUCAUUGGAAGGCUUCUUGCAUGAAAGACCUCCAGAAAUCACCAAGACAGUGAACAUUGGAUCACACUCAGUACCGAAUUCAGAAGCGGGGAUCAACCUCUCCGUCCGCAAAAUCAAGCGUACCCACUUCGAUUAUUGCCUCAGCUACCGCGGAUGGACCCUUCAAGAACGCUUACUAGCCACCGCUCUCCUCCACUACACGCCGGAAGGCAUGAUCUGGGAAUGUCGAACCCACUGCGUCAGAGAACAUGGCGAAGGCCAUCCGACGUCAGGCAUGCUCAAGGCGUUGAACCACUUCAUAGGCAUCUCAGACAUGGAUUCUUUGUGGCAGCGUGUUGUGCAGGACUACACGACCCGGGCGCUAACGGUGGAGGGCGACAAGCUUCCUGCAAUUGCCGGCGUGGCUCGGUACUUCAGAAACAGUAGAUCUGAAGACGAUGAAUACCUAGCAGGGAUUUGGAAGGACACGAUUCCAGAGAGUCUUCGCUGGAUAGCGUACGAGGGUUCCAUGGUUCCUCAGCCGAGGGGGUAUCGUGCGCCCUCUUGGAGCUGGGCGGCCGUGAACGGGAAGGUGGAAUGGCUGAUUGAGACGAGCAAUGAAAUACUUGUUGAUGACCUUGGUUUCCAGCUGCUAGAUGGGGAGGUUGAAGACAGUCCGCCAGGAUCUAUGGGCCGAGUCGUCACGGGGUUUCUCGAUAUCUACGGAGUAGUCAGAGAAUGUUUCUUCGAAAAACAAGAUGCUUGGAACGGGAAGUUGCAUAUCGACAAAGAGCAGACCUGUAUUUGUUGGACCGAUCGUGAGCUGAGCUCGAGCAACUGCUUCGCGCUAGCGCUUGGCUUGUGGCGCUUCCUCCAUGGAAGUAUAAAUCAUCUCUACCAGCUUGAGGACCAAUGUCGGAUUUGGUAUCUUGUUCUGGAACGAUGUGAUGAUGGGCACAUGGUGUCUUGCGAUACGUCCGAGAGUGAGGACGAAAGUAUUCCAGAGCUCAAGUUCAAGAGACUUGGGAUUGCGUAUGCCGAUUUUGAAGUUCUGCCCUCCUUACCUGAGCACAAACAAACUUUGCUUAGAGUGAUAUAA